AUGAAUCUACUUCUAGAGAACACCAUCCAAUCACAAUAUGAAUUCGCACAAUUUUGGUCUCGACAACCCGAGAAGAGCGGCGAGCAAAAGGCCGAGCAUUACGCGAGGAUAUUCCAGGAAUUCGACUCCAAUUUCGACCUGAAAUUCGACGCGCAAGAAUUGAGGAAGCUGCUAGCUGCUCGGUAUCAUGUCAAGGCCCCACCUCGAGUUGUCGAAACUUUUGAUGAAAAUGGCGACGCCGCGCUCGAGCUGUUCGAGUUUAUUAACCUCGAGCGUAAUUUGGACAUCGUCGGCGCCGAGGCGAUGCGGGAAUCGGAAGAGGAGCUGGUGGAAGAGGUACGGUAU